UACACAGCCAAACAAAACUAACAAAACUACCCUUUCCGUAACAAGAAUCAAACAACUAUUGGAGUUGUUUUUUUCUUGUUCAUCUCCUCUUCUCUUCUCCCGCAACACCUUUUUUCAUUUCCUGCAUCACCGUCGAGUUUUCUCAUUUCGCCUAAAACCCAACGGUGUUUGCAGGAAUCCAUAAACCAAACAAAAAUAUAAAAUAAAAUAUAACAAUAAAUAAAACCUCAUGCUUUUGUAGUUUUAUUUCACCUUUCAAUGCCGCAACGGUGAAAACCUUUUUUUUUAAAUUAACCAAAUAUUUUAACAUUUUUAUUUUUUAUUUUUUUGUUAGAAGAUGCAACAUAAAAUCUUCACCAAAAUGCGAAGCAUGAAGAUGAUUGACGGGUGCAAGGGACCACCGGUCCGCACCUACAACCCCUCCGUCGACACCGACGGCGGAGCUGGAAAGCUCCGCCACCACAUCCAAGAGACCUUGAGAAGCCAAAUGCCCCGUAAAAAAUCGGUGCGGGGAUACUCGCCGUCUUCCAACCUUAACUUGGAAGCUGCCGCCAUCGUCUCCGACGGUACACUCCUUCCUUACGGACUCCCUGCGACGAAGCUUCUAGAACCGAAGAUCGAGGCGACUUUGACACCUCUCGAUUACGUCCAAACCUUAGCUGACCUGCAUCGAAGAGCCGAGAACUCUGCCGAAUUUGAAAAGGCAGAGGUGUUUCUAGAACAAUCCGCGGUGUUUCGCGGCCUACCGGAGCCGAAACUGUUCCGAAGAACGCUCCGGUCGGCACGGCAACACGCGGUGGACGUGCAUACGAAGGUGGUGCUUUCCUCCUGGCUCCGCUACGAGCGCAGGGAGGAUGAGCUAAUCGGGAUCUCAUCAAUGGAUUGUUGCGGAAGAAACCUUGAAUGCCCUAAGGCAAAUUUGGUGGCAGGGUAUGAUCCUGAAUCUGUUUAUGAUCCAUGCGUUUGCGCAAAACAGAACUUCAAUUUUAGUACUGGUGAUGAAAUGGCAAUGGAAGAGGCGGUUAAUUACGAUGACAAUGACAGCGAUGACGAUGACGACUGCGACUUGAGUUUUUGCAUUGGGGAUUAUGAUGUUAGGUGUAGGAGAAACGAUAUGGCCUCGCUUUCGCGGCCUUUUAAGACAAUGUUAUAUGGAGGGUUCUUGGAAUCUAAAAGGGAGAAGAUUAAUUUCACACAGAAUGGGUUCUCAGCAGAGGCAAUGAAGGCAGCAGAGGUGUUUAGUAGGACUAAGAGGGUUAGCCAUUUUGAGCCUAAGGUUGUUCUUGAGUUGCUUUCUUUAGCGAACCGGUAUUGUUGCGAGGAGAUGAAGGCUGCGUGCGACGCGCAUUUGGCGUCGUUGGUUUCUGACAUGGAGGAUGCUGGGUUGCUUAUUGAGUAUGGAUUAGAGGAGACCGCGAACCUACUUGUGGCGGCUUGCUUGCAGUUGUUCUUGAGAGAGCUUCCUGGAUCUAUGCAGUGCUCAAAUUUCAUGAAGAUAUUUUGUAGUCCAGAGGGUAGGGAUAGGCUGGCCGCCGCUAGGCAUGCUUCUUUUGUGUUGUAUUAUUUUUUGAGUCAAAUUGCAAUGGAGGAAGACAUGAGAUCUAAUACAACAGUAAUGUUAUUGGAAAGACUAGUAGAGUGUGCAGCAGAUGGUUGGCAAAAACAGCUUGCAUUUCAUCAAUUAGGUGUUGUCAUGCUUGAAAGGAAAGAAUACAAGGAUGCACAGCAUUGGUUUGAGGCAGCAGUGGGGGCAGGGCAUGUUUAUUCUUUGGUGGGUGUUGCAAGGGCAAAGUAUAAGCGCGGCCAUACGUAUUCGGCUUACAAGCUAAUGAACUCGCUUAUUUCGGAUUAUAAGCCGGUUGGUUGGAUGUAUCAGGAAAGAUCUUUGUAUUGUGUUGGAAAAGAGAAAACGAUGGACUUGAUGGCCGCAACUGAAAAUAUGAUUGGAGCUUCUAUUUCAGAAAUCAAUAAAGUAAUUGGUUUCAAGGUUUCUCCAGAUUGCCUUGAGUUGAGAGCUUGGUUCUUGAUUGCUGUGGAGAAUUAUGAAGGAGCUCUUAGAGAUGUUCGUGCCAUUUUGACACUGGAUCCCAAUUAUAGGAUGUUUUAUGGGAAUAUGCCUGGUAAUUACUUGGUAGAACUACUUAGUCCUCUUGCUCGUCAUUAUAGCCAGGCUGAUUGUUGGAUGCAAUUGUACGAUCGAUGGUCCUCUGUUGAUGAUGUUGGUUCUUUGGCUGUUGUACACCAAAUGUUGGAAAAUGAUCCAGGGAGAAGUCUCUUGCACUUUCGUCAGUCUCUCCUCUUGCUACGGUUAAACUGUCAAAAGGCAGCCAUGCGUAGCUUGCGACUAGCUAGAAACCAUUCGGCCUCUGACCAUGAAAGGCUUGUGUAUGAAGGAUGGAUACUGUAUGACACGGGUCAUCGCGAAGAAGCACUAGCAAAGGCCGAGGAGUCCAUUUCAAUUCAGAGGUCAUUUGAAGCUUACUUUCUGAAAGCAUACGCCUUAGCCGAUUCAAAUCUUGAUGCAGAGUCUUCAACGAUUGUGAUCAAGCUCUUGGAAGAAGCACUUAGAUGUCCUUCAGAUGGCCUUCGAAAAGGACAAGCAUUGAAUAAUCUAGGGAGUGUGUACGUAGACUGCGACAAGUUAGACCUGGCAGCGGAUUGCUACAUGAAUGCGCUCAACAUCAAGCAUACGCGAGCGCAUCAGGGAUUAGCGCGUGUUCAUCAUCUUAAAAAUGAUCGCAAAGCUGCGUAUGAUGAGAUGACAAAGCUAAUAGAGAAGGCGAGAAAUAAUGCAUCGGCUUUUGAGAAACGUUCAGAGUAUUGUGACCGUGAUAUGGCAAAGAGUGAUCUUACCAUGGCAACAGAGUUGGAUCCUCUACGCACUUAUCCUUACAGAUAUAGAGCAGCAGUGUUAAUGGAUGAUCAUAAGGAGGACGAAGCAAUAGCAGAGCUUUCAAGGGCCAUUGAUUUUAAGCCAGAUAUACAAUUGUUACAUCUCCGAGCAGCAUUUUAUGAUUCAAUGGGUGAUUAUGUUUCCACCGUCCGAGACUGCGAAGCAGCCCUUUGUCUGGAUCCCAGCCACGGCGAUACGCUCGAGCUUUGCAACAAAGCUCGAGAUCGUAUUAAAGAAGAAAAGUGAGAGAAUUAGAAAUUAAAAAAUCCACAAUUUUUGAAUGUCCUCAAGGGGGACAAGCCUAUUCUUGCCAACCUAUACUGUCUUUAAUUGUUGAUUAGUAAUCAUGAGUGAUUACUUGCGUGAUAAGGUUUCUCCAGAACCGGCAUGGUUGUGUACCUUUCAACCGAUGUUCUGCGAACAAUAGAAAAGUCCAAUUUGGACCGAAUCAGAAAGAAAGUAGAGGAGCAGGAUAGCUUGUAAAUAUAUGUAAUGAAUUAUAGUUUUGUCUGCAUAUGAUUGAUUGAAUUGCAGGUAGCUUAUAGCUAUUUGCUGCUGCUCUGUUUCAUCAUGUCCUAGCAAAAAGGAUAAUGAUGAGAUACUGCAGUUAUACAAAACAUGUACAUUAUAUUCAAAAUGUGUUGUUGUGUAAGCUCAAGAUUUAGAA